GACAAGGCGGCGCGGGCCAUCGUCUACUUCGUGGCCAUGAUGUACCUGUUCCUGGGCGUGUCCAUCAUCGCCGACCGCUUCAUGGCGUCCAUCGAGGUGAUCACGUCGCGCGAGAAGGAGAUCACCGUCACCAAGGCCAACGGCGAGACCAGCGUGGGCACCGUGCGCAUCUGGAACGAGACCGUCUCCAACCUGACGCUGAUGGCGCUGGGCUCAUCGGCGCCCGAGAUCCUGCUCUCGCUGAUCGAGGUGUGCGGGCACCGCUUCCAGGCCGGCGAGCUUGGCCCCGGCACCAUCGUGGGCAGCGCCGCCUUCAACAUGUUCGUGGUGAUCGCCGUCUGCGUCUACGCCAUCCCGGCGGGCGAGAGCCGGCGCAUCAAGCACCUGCGCGUCUUCUUCGUCACGGCCUCCUGGAGCAUCUUCGCCUACAUUUGGCUCUACCUGAUCCUGGCGGUGAUCACGCCGGGCGUGGUGCAGGUGUGGGAGGCCUUCCUCACCCUGCUCUUCUUCCCAGCCUGCGUGGUGUUCGCCUGGGCGGCCGACAAGCGGCUGCUCUUCUACAAGUACGUCUACAAGCGCUACCGCGCCGACCCGCGCAGCGGCAUCAUCAUCGGCACCGAGGCCGAGCGGCCGCCCAAGGACCUGGAGGCCGAUGGGGGGUUCCCGGCGCUGCCCGAGGCCGAGCCCGGCGCCCCCUCGCCCUCGCCGACACCCGAAGAGAAGGAGCUGGACGAGAGCCGGCGCGAGGUGAUCCAGAUCCUCAAGGACCUGAAGCAGAAGCACCCGGAGAAAGAGCUGGAGCAGCUGCUGGACGCCGCCAACUACAUGGCGCUGGUUCACCAGCAGAAGAGCCGCGCCUUCUACCGCAUCCAGGCCACGCGGCUCAUGACCGGCGCCGGCAACGUGCUCAAGAAACACGCGGCCGAGGCGGCGCGGCGCUCGCCGGCGCUGCCCGGUGAGGACGACGAGGACGACGACGAGGACGAGGCAUGCAGCCGCAUCUUCUUCGAGCCAUGCCUGUACCAUUGCCUGGAGAACUGCGGCUCGGUGACGCUGGCCGUGGCGUGCCAGCAGGGCCUGGGCGCCAACCAGACCUUCUACGUGGAUUUCCGCACUGAGGACGGCUCGGCCAAGGCGGGCUCGGACUACGAGUACAGCGAGGGCACGCUCAUCUUCAAGCCAGGCGAGACGCGCAAGGAGCUCGCCAUCGGCAUCAUCGACGACGACAUCUUCGAGGAGGACGAGCACUUCUUCGUGCGGCUGCUGAACCUGCGCGUGGGUGACGCCGAGGGCAUGUUUGAGGCCGACUCCGAGGACCACCCCAAGGGCAAGCUGGUGGCGCCGCUGGUGGCCACGGUGACCAUCCUGGACGACGACCACGCUGGCAUCUUCGGGUUCCGGGAGCGCUCGGUGCGUGUCAGCGAGUGCCAGGGCCACGUGGAGGUGACAGUGGUGCGCAGCUCCGGCGCACGCGGCACCGUCAUGGUGCCCUUCCGCACCGUUGACGGCAACGAUGAUGGUGACGAUGACGAUGCUGAUGAUGACGAUGCUGACGCCCGCGAGGCUGAAGGCUCCGUGUCCCACCCCAGGAAGACGCUGCAGGUGAAGAUCGUGGACGAUGAGGAGUACGAGAAGAAGGAGAAUUUCUUCAUCGAGCUGGGGACGCCGCGCUGGCUCAAGCGCGGCAUCUCGGCUCUGCUGCUCGCCCAAGGGGACGCUGACCGCCAGCUCUCGGCCGAGGAGGAGGAGGCUCGCCGCAUCGCCGACAUGGGGAAACCCGUGCUGGGCGACAACCGGCGCCUCGAGGUCAUCAUCGAGGAGAGCUACGACUUCAAGAACACCGUGGACAAGCUGAUGAAGAAAACCAACCUGGCCACCGUCAUCGGCACGCACUCGUGGCGCGAGCAGUUCCUGGAGGCCAUCACCGUCAGCGCAGGUGACGAGGACGACGACGACGAGGGCCGCGAGGAGCGGCUGCCGUCGUGCUUCGAUUACGUCAUGCACUUCCUGACGGUGUUCUGGAAGGUUCUGUUCGCCUGCGUGCCGCCCACGGCGCUGCUGGGGGGAUGGGCGGCCUUCGGCGUCUCCAUCCUGCUGCUGGCGCUGCUGACGGCGCUCAUCGGCGACCUGGCGGCGCAUUUCGGCUGCACGCUCGGCCUCAAGGACUCGGUCAACGCCGUGGUGUUCGUGGCGCUGGGCACCUCCAUCCCCGGACAAGGGACAGGGACCCAAGGGCUCCGUGACUUGGUCAAUGCCGUUGCCUCGGUCACCUUUGACAUCCCCAAUGUCCCCAAUGCCCCCAACAUCCCCAACAUCCCCGAU